AUGCGACUCCACGCGAUUCAGUUAUCUCUAUGCAAUCACAUUAACAUACCACUGACUUCCGAUGUAUUCAAACAUACUUUUACGUCGAGAGUGAAGCAGAUUCAGCAGCCAACUGUAGAGGAUGAUGAGAAAAUUGACGUGAGCUGUGAGAAAGUACGAAGUAGAGGAUAUUAUGCAAAUGCGAGUGAUAAUCCAUUCUCGAUCGCUUACAUCAGAAUUGUUUAUAAGGACUACCAUCUUCAAGAGUUAUUGUUCAACUUGAUGUACUCACCAACGAAUGUAUUCUGCUAUGCGAUCGAUAAGAAAGCGACAAAAGUAUUCCAUCAACAAAUGCAAAACCUAUCCGAAUGUUUUUCGAACGUUCAUUUAACAGCAACUGAAUACGAAGUGGAUAGUGCUGGU